AUGUCUGACAAGCUUACCAGAAUUGCUAUUGUCAACAGUGACAAAAAAUGUCGCCAGGAAUGUAAGAAGUCUUGCCCCGUCGUCCGGACGGGUAAGCUUUGUAUCGAGGUCACCCCCGAAUCGAAGAUCGCCUUCAUCUCCGAGCGCCUCUGUAUCGGUUGCGGUAUCUGUCCUAAGAAAUGUCCUUUCGGUGCGAUCCAUAUUAUCAACUUGCCGACCAACUUGGAAACCCAGGUCACCCACCGUUACUCCGCGAACAGUUUCAAGCUUCACCGUCUUCCCAUGCCUCGCCCCGGACAGGUUCUUGGUCUCGUCGGUACAAACGGUAUCGGAAAGAGUACUGCUCUGAAGAUUCUUAGCGGCAAGCUGAAGCCUAACCUUGGGCGUUAUGACAACCCUCCCGACUGGGAAGAAAUCCUGAAGUAUUUCCGUGGUUCCGAACUGCAGAACUAUUUCACCAAGGUGUUGGAAGACAACCUGAAGGCUGUUGUGAAGCCUCAGUAUGUCGACCAGAUCCCUAGAGCAGUGAAGGGUCCAGUCCAGAAUGUCGGCGACCUCAUCAAAGCUCGUGCUCAGAUGGACAACAUGGAUCACAUCCUUGAUGUCCUUGAGCUUCGGCAAGUUCACGGACGUGACAUUGGCCAUCUUUCUGGAGGAGAGCUUCAGCGGUUCGCCAUUGGUCUGGUCUGCGUCCAGAAGGCCGACGUUUACAUGUUUGACGAACCCUCUUCUUAUCUUGAUGUCAAACAACGUCUCGCUGCCGCCCGUACCAUCCGAGAGCUUCUGCGACCCGACGACUAUGUUAUCGUUGUUGAGCACGAUUUGGCUGUCCUUGACUACCUUUCCGAUUUUGUUUGCGUGCUUUACGGAAGGCCUGCAGUUUAUGGUGUGGUCACAUUGCCCUCUUCGGUUCGUGAAGGUAUCAAUAUCUUCUUGGAUGGUCAUAUCCCGACUGAGAACCUUCGAUUCCGAGAGGAAUCUCUCACCUUCCGUCUCGCCGAAGCAGGUGAUGACUUCAUGGUUAACAGGGACCGUGCUUUCAACUACCCAAGCAUGGAGAAAACUCUUGGUAACUUCCACUUGAAGAUUGAUGGUGGUAACUUUACAGACUCGGAGAUUGUCGUCAUGAUGGGAGAGAAUGGUACCGGCAAGACCACUUUCUGUAAGAUGCUUGCUGGCGCCGAGAAGCCCGAUAACGGUGUUUCAGUACCCAAGUUGAACAUCAGCAUGAAGCCUCAGAAGAUUACCCCGAAGUUCCAAGGCACUGUUCGUCAGUUGUUCUUCAAGCGUAUCAAGGCUGCUUUCUUGUCCCCACAGUUCCAGACCGAUGUCUACAAACCCCUCAAGAUCGACGAUUUCAUUGACCAGGAAGUUCAAAACCUGUCCGGUGGUGAAUUGCAGCGUGUUGCUAUCGUCCUAGCUCUCGGAAUUCCCGCCGAUAUUUACUUGAUUGACGAGCCCAGUGCUUAUCUCGACUCCGAGCAGCGUAUCGUGGCCGCGAGGGUCAUCAAGCGUUUCAUCAUGCACACCAAGAAGACCGCUUUCAUUGUCGAGCACGACUUUAUCAUGUCGACUUAUCUUGCUGACAGAGUCAUUGUUUUCGACGGCAAGCCUUCUAUCGAUGCGCAUGCCAACAGCCCCGAGUCUCUGGUUACCGGCUGCAACAGCUUCUUGCGGAGCCUGGAUGUUACCUUCCGUCGUGAUCCCAACAGUUACCGUCCUCGUAUCAACAAGUACCAGAGUCAGAUGGACCAGGAACAGAAGUUGAGCGGCAACUUUGUAAGUCUCCUGAGCUAUUCUUCUUGGAAGAGGAGAAUUGAAACGGUUGUCCCAGGGAAGCGUGACCGCGACCGUCAUAGAGAUUAUGAUGAUCGCAACCCCCACCGGCGGCAAGAUCGACGUCGCGGGAAACGGAGGGACCUUCGGUUAGUGGCGUUUUUCGGCGUUACCAAGGCUUCAACUCAAACUAGGCGGCGCCGUCUUCGUGGUGUGCGCCCUCUUGGUGAUAUGGAUGGUGCUUCGGAGGAGGAAGACGAUGAAGAAGACAACAAUGACUAG